AAACCGGCCUGGCGCCGUGCGACGACAAGGAACACGAGGCGAAGAAAGAAAAACACCAGGCCGAUGAAGUUGACUCGAGUCGCCGCAUCAACUACCUUACCUACCUAGGUAGCUACACUUUUGCGAAAGACCAACGGCGUCCAAACCCCCACCGCAGCCAUGGCGCUCAUAUCGGCAAAGACAAUCAUCACGUCCCUGUGCCUCUUCCACAUCACGCUGGGCUUCUUCUUCCUGACGAGCCCUGGGUCCGUGGCCGACCAGGCGCUGGUCUACCUCCUGGGCGAGGCGAUGGGACUGCCACACUCGCGCAACUUCGAGUCGCGGUCGCCCGCGCUCGCCUUCCUCGCCGUGGUUCUCGGCAUGCUGGGCAUCUCGGACAUGGUCACGCUCAGCCUGCCCGACGAGUUCAGCAUGGUACACCACUGGGGGCUACAAGCACCCCUCCGCUUCACCUUCUCCUUCGCCAUCGUGCUGUACACCUUCUUCUUCAGCGCCUCGUCGCCGUUCUACGCCGACCUCCUGUCCGCACCGCCACCAUCCUCAUCAGCCGACCCCUCCUCUCUAGGCGGCUCAUCCGCCCCCGGCGGCUACGCGCCCUCGGGCUGGGGCGGCGACGCGCUCAAGAACCGCCUCUUCUUCGCCUUCAUGUUCGUCGAGACCGUCAGCUGGUUCUGGGUCUGGGUCACGCUGCAGGAGGAGAACCGCGAGGCCGCCGUGCGCGCCCGCAAGGCUGCCCGCCGGAGGAGCAGCCACGACUAUUGAGUACGGGAAAUACCAGACGUAAAAGAAGAAAAAAAUGGAAAAAAAAAUUGGAAAAAUGGCAUUUGUUGCAGUAGUUUUGUUUU